AUGUUCGCGGAUAAUGCCAGCGCGCACGAGGCCACAGACAGUAGCCCUUUCGAGAUGAACACCGGUCGAACACCGAGGUUGCCGCAUGAGUCGACAACAAUGACAAAGGCGGUGGGACCGGACGCUAAUCGCAGCGUGAUUUCUAAUCACAUGGAGCGGGCAAAGGACAUCCUGGAUCGGUACUGGACUCGCGUCAAGGGUCAGUACGAUAAGAGCUGGCGAGACGUCAGUCUGCGACCCGGAAGUCACGUCCUAGUACAACUAACGGACUUGGAACGCGCCAAGUUCCUGAUUCGGAAGCUGGCCCCGCGAUGGUCCGCACCGGCCUUAGUGAAGGACGUGUUAACAAACCAGGUGACGUACACUGUGGAAAUGGCGGACGGCAGUGCGCGAACGGUCCACAUUUCCAGGCUGUUGCCUCUACAGCAAGACCUUUGGGGAGAGGCGUUUCCAGAAGGCAAGGCAGCGGUGGAGUUGGCGAGACAUUCGACAAGGAGGGUUGAAGAGGAUGAGCCAAUGAUGAUGAAGGUAGCGCUGAUACUGCCACAGGAACCAACGGCACAGGCAAAACCCCAGUUGGCUACACCGGGCACAGCUGCGGAGACCGGAAUGACACCACGGAGGGGUUUAGCCCAAGGGUGCAGGCCGGGGUCAACAGGAGCGCAGAUGAGUACACCAUCACCGGCCGCCUAG